AAGGAAACUGAUAGAAGACGCGAGAUGUCGCCGUAUUUCUUCAAUUCCCUUUUGGAUUUGUUGCCAAGGAGUGAAAUAAAGCAUCCGACUAAUCAAAGCCCAAAAGCCUGAUCCAAUUUCGGCCCAUUUUAUUAAUUAGUAUAUUUAGAAAUCGACCAACUAUGAUUACCCUCUUAUUCAUAACAUACAUCGAAAGUACCCUCUCUUUUUUAUUUUUGUUUUUCAAACUGAAUUUUUGGUUUGAUCGUUUCCGUACUUCUACUUCCGCCACCGCACGGCGUCACCGCAAUUGGAAAAUGGCUAAUCGGUUCCUAAAACGCUUCUUUCAUGAUUUUUGCUACACAAAAAGUUUGAUAAAGAGACAAGAAAGGUACCAAAGGUUUGUUUUUGGAGUUCUAAGCAGGUGUCAAUCAAAACUUUCAAAGCUUGACAAGGAAGAACCAGAAAAUGUCCUGAAUGAAGCAAAGAAAGCAUCUCAAGUUUCUUCAAGGUCUAUACUUGAGGACAAGAGCACAAAUUUUGAUUCUGGAUUUGGAAAUUAUAGUUCUGGUGAUGACAUCAGUGAUAAAAAGUGGAGAUUAGAGCUUGCUUGGCUUACUAGGGCUCUUGAACCAGCUCUGCAAUUAUGGAAUGGAUUCGGAAACAAAAUCCCUCCUAGCGGUCGAUCUCUUACAGAGAUAAUUUCAAGCAUUCAGCGGAGCAAGAUUGGGAUUGAGGGUUGGACCUUGAGUGAUCUUACAAUAGGCCUAUAUCUUAUUUAUCUCCGUCAAUCAUCCUUAAAUCCAUUUGAAGAUAUUAAAGGGGUUCAAAUCUCUUCAGAGUUAAUAGUCCAAGAUCUCAUCUACCACAUUGAGUUAGCAAAAGGUUCAUAUAAAGAUAGUGCUUUCUGGCUUGCAAGGAACAGCAUGCUUCGCGAAAGUAACAUUCUUAAAUUUGUAAAUGAUUCCAGUGUGAUGAGGCCUGGAUAUUACAUAGGGCUUGAUCCUCGCAAGAAACUCAUAAUUCUGGGAAUUCGUGGAACACAUACAGUAUACGACCUCAUCACAGACAUUGUUUCUUCAAGUGAUGGAGAAGUCACAUUUGAAGGGUAUUCAACCCACUUUGGCACAGCAGAAGCUGCUCGUUGGUUUCUUAAAUAUGAGAUGGGAACCAUAAGAAAGCUCUUAGAGAAAUAUAAGGGAUUUAGGUUAAGGUUAGUGGGUCACUCUCUUGGAGCUGCUACAGCUUCUUUGCUAGCAAUCAUGCUGCGUAAAAGGUCACCUGAGGAGCUGGGGUUUAGCCCUGAUAUUGUUUCUGCUGUUGGUUACGCAACUCCUCCAUGUGUCUCCAGAGAACUUGCUGAAAGUUGUGCUGAUUUUAUUACAACUGUUGUAAUGCAGGAUGAUAUUAUACCUAGGUUGAGCGCAGCUUCUCUAGGAAGGCUGAGGAACGAAAUUCUUGAGACUGAUUGGAUGAGUGUGAUUGAAAAGGAGGACUGGAGAAGUGUCAUAGGUUUGGUCACAAAUGCAAAGCAGGUUGUGUCAUCUGUGCAAGAUGUAGCUCGAAAACUCGCUGAUUAUGCAAAGUUCAGGAGCAAGAAAAUUUCUCCUGAUGCUGUUAUCGAUAAGGAAUCACUCACUUCUCCGGGAAUCAAUUUACCUUCCAAAGCUACAAACGACAGUGAUAUCAGCGUCAAAAAGGAUGGACCUGCCUCUACAGAGCCAGAGGAGUUGUUUGUUCCAGGUACCGUUUACUAUCUAAAGCGAAACAUCGACACACACAUUUAUUGCAGAAAUGGCAGAGAGGUGGAAUUUUUCACACUGUGGAAGAGGCAUCCGGGUGAAAAGUUCCAGAGGAUAGUACUCACAAGCAACAUAAUUUCAGACCACAAGUGUGAUAGCCAUUACUAUGCACUACGAGAUGUACUCAAAUCUUUGCCUGGGAACGAUGGUGAAGUCAUUUUUAGAUGAUUAAAAUGUCAAUUAUCACAUCAGUUUUUAUCUGAUAACAUGUAAAAUAUAUUUUUUUUAUUUGUAAUGCCAAUUUUGCUUCUGCAAUGCCACAUUCAGAAUUUGUGCAGUAGUUAUACAGAAACUUGCAAUGAUUAGAACCGUCUUCCCAUUAA